UCAUUCAACAUUUUAUUUAGUCUGUUGAAUAUAUUCAAUCUGCUAAGACUGAUUUUAUUUAGAAUAUAUUAAUACUCGCUCUCAAAGACCUAUCUAUCUACAUUUUAUUUAUUUAUUUGUUUAAUAUAAACAGAAUAGUAUCACAAGUUUUAAUAGAUUUGUUUGUUUGUUUUAAUAUUUAAUUUAUAACAAUCAAGGCAACAAGAUGACGGAUUCUUCGACUAACGGCGAAAUGUCUCAACGAGGACCUGUAUUCGACUCCAAUUGCAUGACUCUCACCCGAUUUGUUCUAAAGGAACAGAGAAAAUUCAAACAUGCCACCGGGGAUCUCUCCCAGUUGCUGAAUUGCAUUCAAACAUCAAUCAAAGCCAUAGCUUCGGCAGUUCGUAAAGCGGGCAUUGCCAAAUUACAUGGAAUCGCCGGCGAUGUCAAUGUUCAGGGAGAGGAACAAAAGAAACUUGAUGUUUUGUCUAAUGAAUUAUUCAUCAAUAUGUUAAAGUCAUCGUACACCACGUGUCUAAUGGUGUCCGAGGAGAAUGAGAGCGUGAUUGAGGUUGAGACUGAAAAACAAGGCAAAUACAUUGUGACAUUCGAUCCACUGGAUGGUUCGUCGAACAUCGAUUGCUUGGUAUCGAUUGGAUCGAUAUUUGCUAUUUUUAGGAAGCAAAGCGAAGGUGCUCCGACCAUCGCCGAUGCUCUGCAGCCGGGAAAUAAAAUUGUAGCUGCUGGUUAUGCCCUCUAUGGAUCGGCGACUGCCAUCGUUCUCAGUUUGGGCAAUGGAGUUAAUUGCUUCACUUAUGAUCCAGCAAUUGGGGAAUUCAUCCUCACCGAGGCCAAUAUGCAAGUGCCCGAAAAAGGCAAGAUCUAUUCUAUUAAUGAAGGCUACAGUUCAACUUGGGAACAAGGUGUUCGUGAUUAUGUUGAAGCGAAGAAAGAUCCCACUAAAGGAACACCCUAUGGAGCUCGUUAUGUUGGCAGUAUGGUAGCCGAUGUUCAUAGGACCAUCAAGUAUGGUGGCAUCUUCUUGUAUCCCGCUACAAAAAGCUCACCAAAUGGUAAACUUCGUCUGCUUUAUGAGUGCAAUCCAAUGGCUUACUUAAUAACUCAGGCUGGAGGUUUGGCGAGCAAUGGAAAAAUUAACAUACUCGAUGUGGUUCCAAAACAGAUUCACGAAAGACAACCGAUUUUCUUGGGUUCGAAGAAAGAUGUUGAAGAGGUGCUAAGUUAUCUUAAUAAAUAAAUUGUUUUUCUUUUUA